AUGCAAGCCAACUUCAACAACGAAAGACAAUCUGUCCUGUGGAGCAGCGACCAAGAUCCGUUUUACGGAAACAAUAUUACUCCAUUCAAUAGCACAAACAUGGAUGGAUCUUCAGCACCAAUGAACAACAUGGGAGAAUAUACAUUUCAGCCGAUCCGAACAAGUGAUGACGAGUUUUUCGGAAGAAGAGCAAGUCACGCUAGGAACACCUCUUUUGACAUGGUGGAUAUUAAUUAUAAUAGCGGAGGAAGUACAGGAAAUAGUAGGCCAACUUCACCAAUAACAGCAACAACAGGUAGGAGUACAUCUCCUCUGAUGAUGAUGAAUCAAAUUCCCUCACAAAAAAACAAACAAAAUAGUCUCGAACCAGUGAUUGAUGAGAUUCCAUUGUUGGAAGAGCUCGGAAUUAAUUUUAGAGAUAUUUGGAAUAGAAGUUUGUUUGUUUUGAACCCAUUCUCCAAUGAAAGAAGGAGAGCUCUUAAUUCAAUGAUGAACGCAAAUAAUCCAAGCUUCCAACAAAGUAGGCUAAAUAGUGAAGAGGCAUCUGUUCAACAUUUAUUGAAAGAUAUGGACUUAGCAGGGCCUCUCAUGUUCUGUAUUGCGCUUGGAUUUACUCUUCUUUUGAAAGGAAAGAUUCACUUUAAUUAUAUUUAUGGAGUUGUAGUAAUUGGAUGCUUAUCUAUAUAUGUAUUGUUAAACUUGAUGUGUCCACUCAAGAGACAUAUCGAACUUCAACAUUGUAUUUCAAUCAUGGGUUAUGGUUUACUACCCAUGGUAUUUCUUGGUCUCUUCACAACAUUUUUGCCAUUCCCAAUCUUAGGAUUAGUACUGAGCUGGUUGGCCAUAUUUUGGAGCAGUUAUGGUGCAAGUACAAUGUUUGUUGCAGCACUCGGAAUGGCACAUCAAAGAAUGCUUGUGUCUUACCCUGUUGGAUUGGUGUAUGCCACUUUUGCCUUAAUUACAGUCAUGUAA